AUGUCUUCACCGUACUCCAGUAGCUCUUCCCCUGGCUACUAUUCUCCAAACAUUCCAAAGUACCAACAGAAUCACAAUCAACCGCUGAAAAAAUACGUCUUACAACCUCCAGCAAAACGCCUUCCAUUGAGCAAAACUAUGCCGAGCUUGGGUUAUCCGGACAUAUUUCCUCAAAAGCCUGGGCAAGAGGAAGAUUUCUUGAACGAGCAGACAAUGAGGAAUGGCUUCUUUGAUAAAAGCGUGGUUUCGAAUGAGCAUACCUGUGCACACGAUAUGGUGUAUGGAAAGCUUCAAGAUGAACAGCGAUUAUUGAGUGAAUUGGGUAAUUUCAUGGUAGACGUGCUCAAGCGACGACGAGAAGCGGGAAAGAUCGCAGGACCUGCAACGUUCAAAGCACCAAAUAGAGCCACUCUUAAUGACCAAAAGAAGGACCAAUGGAUGACAGAUCUGGCUGAAGGUGUUGUCCCAUUGCGUAAAUUAGCAAGGAAUGUCCCCCAUGGGUUCAAAGGAGAAAAGUUAUUAGACACAUUGGCUUCGAAACAAGUCCCAUUCAUGCGCGCAACAUGGUAUAUCAAAAUCGUGGGCAUGAAUGAAAUGAGAACCAAUAUCACCAACAACACUCACUCUGCACAGCAGCACAGUUUACAGUGGACGAUCGUCGUCGCGAAUCACUUGAAGAAGCAGUUAUCCGAAAUAUCACCUCCAAGUGCAAAUACGACAAAACCGUGGACCACUCCGGAACUUCGCCAGAAAUUUGAGCAACGUUGGCAUUAUAGCACCAAGCUUGCUAGAUGGCAAUACUGCGAAGGUUUACUUGAUCAGCGCACAUAUUUGAAGUGGUCACUAGAUUCACUAGCGAAUAGCUCAUCUUUCGAAGUCAUGUGGUUGAUCUUGAGUGCUGUGGUGAAAGAUUAUUUGGAUGAAUAUAAGCAGAACAGACUGCUCAUGCAUCUUCUAAUCGAAACGCUUGUCAAAGCGAACAAGGCUGUAAGUUGA